AUGAUUAGUUUACUACCAAUCAUUUAUUCCAUGGCAGUAAUGGUACAAUUUCUUCUUGGAAAUUUUGCCAAUAGCUUCAUAGCACUGGUGAACUUCAUUGACUGGGUCAAGAAUCAAAAGAUCUCCUUAGCUGAUCGAAUUCUCACUGCUCUGGCAGUAUCCAGAAUUGGCUUGCUCUGGGUAAUAUUGAUCAACUGGUUUGCAACUGUGUUUAAUAGAGAUUGCUAUAAUAUAAGAAUUUUUGUUUUUGUUUCUUGGGCAGUGACCAACCAUUUUAGCUUCUGGCUUGCUACUAUCCUCAGUAUAUUUUAUUUACUCAAGAUUGCCAAUUUCUCUAACUAUAUUUUUCUUCGUUUAAAGAGGAGAGUUAAGAAUGUAAUUCUGCUGAUAUUGUUGGGGUCUUUGGUCUUUCUGCUUUGUCAUUUUGUGGUGGGAUCUAUGAAUGCGAGUAUGCAGUCAAGACAACAUGAAGGAAAUGUGACUUGCAAUACUCAACUAAGGAAUAUGAUGCACCUUUCAAGUAUGAUCGCCCUCACGCUAGAAAUCCUCAUGCCCUUUACUGUGUCUCUGAUAUCUUUUCUGUUGUUAAUCUAUUCCUUGUGUAAACAUCUCAAGAAGAUGCAGUUCCAAGGCAAAGGAUGUAAAGAUACCAGCACCAAAGUCCACAUCAAAGCUUUGCAAACUGUGAUCUCCUUUCUCUUGCUUUUUGCAAUUUUCUUUUUGUGUCUAGUCACAUCAUUUUGGAAUUCUGAUGAACUGUCACAGAGACCAAUCCUCAUGCUUUGCCAGGUUGUUGGAAUCUCUUAUCCUUCUAGCCACUCAUUUUUCCUCAUUUGGGGAAACAGAAAACUGAAACAGAUCUUUCUUACAGUUUUGCGGCAGUCAAGGUACUGGCUGAAAGGACGGAAGCUUUCAAUGCCGUAG